AUGUCAGCAGAGAGAUGCAUGGUUACGAUAGCUGGCAUUUUAGAAGACCAUGUUUUCAAUCAUAUAUGUUUUAUAGCCGAAAGUUUGUCUACAAUAUUACCUAACUUUUGUUUCAGGAAAAUUUGUAAAACAUCAAUCGAAUGGAAAGCUUAUGAAGCGGAGAAUAAUAAAUGUAAGUGUUUGGAUGUACAAACAAAACGUCGUCGAAUAAUGAUAAUUGGCGCGGGAAGAUCGAUGUGCCCAGAUUUGGUUUCCGAAUUGAUAAUGACGAAAGAACUUUGGUUAACUCACGGGGUUGUUAUUAAUUUAUACGAUGAGCCAGGUUGUUUUUUUAAAUUGAGAAGAAUUCUUAAAGAUUCGGAAGGAAUUGGCGGGGGUUUAAAUGCAGUGAAAGUUUUGGACAAUAUACCCGAUGGUUUAAACGACUGUGACACACUGAUUUAUCUUGAUACAUUAUCAAGAGAAGAAUUUGAAAGAACAGACAGCUGGUUGCAACGAAAUUAUACGUGCAUAAAAGAAUUAUCUAUGCAAAUAAAUCAGUAUGCACCCUUACACAUGAAAGUAAUUUUCUGUUCAAUGGGACCUACGUGUUUUUACGUUAAUAUCAUGCAUGAGCUUGUUAAAAAAUUACCGAAAACAAAUAUUGUUGCUGUCAGUUCUCAUUACGGAUUGGAACUUGUAUAUCCGUUUGUUAGUUCAUUAGGUUUCACCUUACGAAAUUUUGGUUGUCCACCUGUUUGGGGAUAUUUAGGAAUUAAUCAGUUUGUAGAUGUUCAUCAUAUGAUUCAAAAAUGCGAUAUUUAUCGACCCAACAAGAGAGCUAUAGAUUCAAAUGAAAAUGUAACGUUACCAGUGGGAGUACAGCGUUCAGAAUUAAGAUGGUUCUUCUAUUUAGCGCAAGACAAAAUAGAUCCUUAUGAGAAUCAUUAUGAACGUAAGUCACUCCUUCAGUAUCAAGUUGGUAGAUCGGAAGAUUUUCAAAAGUGUAGAGCGAUCUGUGAUCUUUUGAAAUUAUGGUACAGCAAGGAAGAAUAUAUCGGGGAUGAAAUUAUAUCGCUAGGGAUUUCUUCCGAUGGUUCUUUUGGCAUUCCAAAGGGAUUAGCAUUUUCACAACCGGUCUAUUUAAAAGUAUCAGGAGAUCAUUCGCGAGUAUGGACACCUUUCACAGAUUUUCCAAUGCCACACAUGCCGAUCGAAAUAUUUCAAAAUCUUAUAGACACUGCUAUUAUCGUGAAGGGAAAAAUAACGAAACUGAAAGAUAAGUUGAAAGAAUAAUAUUUCAUUUAUUUUACAUCGGGCAUUUUUUUCCGCGUUCCCUUCGAUUACGAGGCCCCCCUCCCCCCGUCCUCCAUUUCGAAAAGCAUCGGUACAUACAUGCAUAUUUCUCUCGACUGAAUAUACGCCCAUUUUUGAAUAGAAAGUAUCAAUUUUAUUAUAUUAUUUAAAUACAUAAAUACCACAAAAUUAUUCAAUUUUAACUUAAGUAUUCCAGCUGCCUGUUAUAAUAUACAUGUAUAAA